GUCUGAUAUAUGAGUUGCGCAAGGAUUAUUUUACUGCGGCCGGCCAAAAACUCGAAAUGGUAGUUAUCAUCUGUAUAUUUUUACUUGGGCAAUGAUUUUCAAGCGGAUGAAAUGCUCAGCCAACUUUAACUGUUUUUCAAAACAAAAACCUCUUCUUCAACGGCCCAAACCCCUGCCUCAGGACCCAUCAUCCAUAGUUGAGAAGAUAAAGAAAUGUUCAACUUUAACAGAGCUAGAACGAUUAUGUGCCUCAAUGAUCAAGACCAAUGCUACCCAAGACUCUUUCUUCAUGAACCAACUCAUUACCGCCUGUUCGACGCUUUCCCGCAUAGAUUAUGCAGUUUUAGCCUUUACCCAGAUUGAAAGUCCCAAUGUUUUUGUCUACAAUGCGAUGAUCAAAGGCUUUGUUUGUUGCGGUCACCCAUGUCAGGCUUUAGGUUGUUAUAUCAAUAUGCUCAGGGGCAUGGUUUUGCCUACCAGUUAUACUUUUUCAUCGUUAAUCAAGGCCUGCACUUCACUAUCUGCAUUGGGGGUUGGAGAAGCUGUUCAGGGCCACAUUUGGAAACAUGGGUUUGGGUCACAUGUGUUUGUUCAGACUUCUUUGAUUGAUUUUUAUUCAAAGUUGCGACGAAUCAGUGAAUCCAGAAAGGUGUUUGAUGAAAUGCCUGAAAGAGACGCUUUUGCGUGGACUACUAUGGUUUCAUCUCACGCUCGACUGGGGGAUAUGAGUUCCGCGAGGAUAUUAUUUGAUGAGAUGGAGGAAAGGAACAUAACUACUUGGAAUACUAUGAUCGACGGCUACGCUAGACUUGGCAAUGUGGAGUCUGCGGAGUUGUUGUUUAAUCACAUGCCAACUAGGGAUAUUAUCUCAUGGACUACUAUGAUUGAUUGUUAUUCUCAGAAUAAGAAAUUUGGGGAAGCAUUAGCAGUUUUCAAUGACAUGAGGAUGAAAGGGAUCAGUCCUGAUGAAGUGACUAUGGCAACUGUUAUUUCAGCUUGUGCCCAUCUUGGAGCCCUUGACUUGGGAAAGGAGAUACAUCUUUACAUAUUGCAAAAUGGGUUUGAUCUUGAUGUUUAUAUUGGCUCUGCAUUGAUUGAUAUGUAUGCUAAGUGUGGUGCAUUGGAUAGGUCUCUUUUGGUUUUCUUUAAAUUGCAGGACAAGAACCUGUUCUGUUGGAAUUCAGCAAUUGAAGGACUUGCAGUUCACGGAUUUGCCAAAGAAGCACUAGCAAUGUUUAGCAAGAUGGAGAGAGAGAAGAUCAAUCCAAAUGGGGUUACUUUUGUAAGUGUUCUAAGUUCCUGCACUCAUGCAGGGCUUGUUGAAGAAGGCCGUAGGAGAUUUUCAAGCAUGACCCAAGAUUAUUCCAUUCUUCCCAAAGUUGAACACUAUGGAUGCAUGGUGGAUCUAUUGAGCAAAGCUGGAUUGCUUGAAGAUGCACUAGAGUUGAUAAGAAGCAUGAAAUUUGAACCUAAUGCUGUUAUCUGGGGUGCCUUGUUGGGUGGAUGUAAGCUUCAUAGGAACUUGGAGAUUGCUAAAGUUUCUGUCAAUGAAUUGACGGUAUUGGAGCCAAAUAAUAGUGGCUAUUACACCCUUUUGGUUAACAUGUAUGCUGAAGCCAAACGAUGGCGACAAGUUGCAGAUACACGAGCAACUAUGAAGGAACUUGGGGUAGAAAAGGGAUGUCCUGGGUCCAGUUGGAUUGAAAUGGAAAGGAAAGUCCAUCAGUUUGCAGCAUCUGAUAAAUCUCAUCCAGCAUCAAGUGAAAUUUACUUGUUGCUGGCAGAAUUAUACGGGCAGCUGAAGCUUGAUGCUUGUGUUCCUGAACUUGGCUUUGAGUUAUAGCAGUCCGCUCUUCAAAAUGAGAAAUUGACAUCCAGAGGGUAAUUGGUGAUUCUGGGAUUGGAUGGCAUGGUUCUCAUAUUGAUCAGUACCUAAACUGCAACUGUUGCAGUUUACAUAUCACAAGGACAAAAGAGAAUGCAAAAUAUACAAAGAGACAUGUAAGAGAGGAAGAUCCAUUCCUCUUAGAAUAAUCUGUAGUCGAUAUGUGCUACAUUCCUGAUGUGAUUUUUGGUCAGAUGAAAUUAUCUCAGCAAAUGUACUUCCAUCAAAGCAGACGCUUAAGUGAAACAGGAUUUCCGGCGAGGGAGAUUAAUAUAUUUUCU